AUGGUCAGAGGGACACUCGAGCUACCAACAAUUUACAUGAUUUCAGAUCUCGUCCCUGACGUUAACAUGACUAACAGCACCAACGUGACCAAAAGUCUCACAGAGAAGAUCCUAUUCUCUCCAUACUUCCAGCACUCGUUGGGCAUGGCUUCUGUGUUCGUCCUGGCCUACCUGUUCAUCUUCCUGCUUUGCAUGAUAGGUAACAGUGUGGUGUGUCUCAUAGUCCUGAGGAAAAGGCACAUGUGGACAGUCACUAAUGUCUUCAUCCUGAACCUGUCCAUCAGCGAUCUGCUUGUGGGGAUCUUCUGCAUUCCCACCACUUUAGUGGACAAUCUCAUAACAGGUUGGCCAUUCAGUAAUGUAAUGUGCAAGCUGAGUGGUCUUGUGCAAGGAAUGUCUGUCUGUGCUUCCGUCUUCACGCUGGUGGCCAUUGCAGUAGACAGAUUUCGCUGUGUACUUUACCCCUUUAAACCCAAACUAACCCUUUUUGUGGCAAGAGCAGUCAUUGGGAUGAUAUGGCUGUUGGCUCUGGUCAUAAUGUUCCCCUCGGUCCUGAUGCUGACCGUCCAGCAAGAACAAAACCAUUUUAUGGUUCAAGAUGACAACUACAACCUGACUUAUCCUCUUUAUUCUUGCUAUGAGACCUGGCCUGAGCCUGAGAUGCGGAAAGUGUAUACCACAGUGCUGUUUGCCCAUAUAUACCUGAUUCCCCUCAUUCUUAUCGUCUUUAUGUAUGGAUGCAUUGGAGCUAAACUGUACUCAACCACCUUCCUGGUCAAGGUGAACCAACCUGCCGAUGCUCCUCAAGGGAAGUCAUCUAUAUUGCACAGGAAGAUCAAAGUCAUCAAAAUGCUCAUCGUUGUAGCCCUUGUCUUCAUGCUGUCCUGGCUGCCUCUGUGGACUCUGAUGCUGCUCAUUGACUACGCAUAUCCUGAAGGAGACCUACUGGAUCUUCUCACAGGUUACAUCUUCCCUUUCUCCCACUGGCUGGCCUUCUCCAACUCUAGUGUCAAUCCCAUCAUCUAUGGCUACUACAACAAAAAUUUCAGGCAAGGAUUUCAGGCUGCUUGGAUGCAGCGACCAUCCUGCUGCUUGGACAGGCCUUCACAGAAUCAUCUCAGGAAGGUUAAAAAGAGGUGCAACAAGACUUGCUUCCACUUGGACAAGGCUCUCAGUUCCAAUACUCUGAACCUGGGAGUAAGAAACAAAAUCUGCACCGACAAUGACCUAACAGGUUCUGUGUGUCUUGAGAUGGAACACAGGAAAGUGUCUAAGGAAACGAAAAGCUCAGGGGCAGAAGGGGGAAACAGGGUUCAAAACAGAACAGCAAUCAAAAGAGAGCUUCUGGAAGACAUCGAGAGGAUCUCUCCAACGGGACCUACAGUGUAUCAGGCAUGGGAACUUUGA